AUGGAACAACAGAUCAGGGACCUUGAAACCCGCUAUGUGGGCGUUUACAACGACUUAAUCAAUGAAUUGGAUCGAAUAUACCUGUUACGUCGCAAGACAGCAAUCCAAGAUGAGCAAUUGCUUGCCAUUCGACACCAAUUGCAAGCAUCUUUGACUAUGACAAUCCCGCUAUCAAAAGCAGCGAGUAUCGGAAAUGAGUCUACGGAUUUGGAUCUACGGCUUCACGAAAUGCUAGUAACAGGUCGUCAACUGGACGAACAAGUCAUUGCGAACCAGAACCAACACCUGGAUCAGAUGACCCGGCUGUCACAAUUAAGAAAAGAGUUUUUUGAGCUUCGAUCUGAGACUAGGUGUUUAGUAGACGUGUUGAGGGACAGGACUCACAAUAUGCCGUCCACGCCGCCAGAGCCCACAGAAUCUGUCCAAAACCAAAGCGACGUCGCCCGACAGAAUGAGCGCAUGAAAAUCGUUCUAACAGCAUUGAUAGUACAGUCUGGAUACCAAGGAACAUGCACCGAAAUUGACGAGUGGCUCAGGAUAUGUGGAGGGUAA